AUGCUCCUCUGGAUGCUGGUCAUCGCCUUUGCUGCAGCUCUUAAAGGUACCCUUUCUUCCAUAAAGAUGGUGGCAUCUGGUCCAAAGGAGGGAAGGGUCCCCGGAUCACUGACACUCGCCUGUACUGUAAUGGGAGCACCUCUGGACAGCCCUCGAUAUGACUGGAAUUGUGCCCGUCAGGCCCCAGGAGGGCAGCUGCAAUUUCUAGCCUGGAUCUAUCCUUUUGGGAAUAACACGGGGUAUGCCCCACCCUUCCAAGGCCGAGUCACCAUCUCUGCAGACAAAGACAAAAACAAGGUCUCCCUGCAGCUCCAUGCCCUUACAGACUUAGACACACCCACCUAUUUCUGUGCCAGGCAGCACACAAUUCAAGAAGAAUCUGCCCCAGAAGUUAGUGUGCUUAAAUCAAAGGAACCCAAACUAUACGACAACAAACUGAGUAUGGCUUGUUUGGCAAGGACUUUCUACCCUAAGAACAUCAGCCUUGAUGUGCCUAAGAAUGACACUGUAUAUGAUCUGAAGGCACCUCUUGUCACAUCUGAGGGGAUGUACAGUACCAUGAAGGUAGUUGGAGUGGAAUCAGAUGCAGAGGUUACCUCUGGAUUGAAAACUGCAGUUGUCAAAAUGGAGAAAGUGAAUAUGCUGUUCAUGGCUGGUUUGGGUUUGAGAGUCCUGCUGGCAAAAAGCAUCGCCUUCAAUACAAUCAUGAGCAUCAGGCUGUUUCUCUUCUGA